GCUGGAGAAGGGGGCGGCUGGGCAGCCGAAGAGCUGCAGAUUUCACCCUGCAGAGGAGAGCUGUGGGAUGGAGCCAGAGCCGGAGCAGGGGCAGGGGCCCAAGGUGGGCGCAGGAGCCAAGCCACUACAUCUAGCUGCGCAGUAAGCCAGAGUCUCACAGGAGCUAGGGGAAGGCCACCCCAUCUCUCUGGGGCCACCCAGGGACUAAGGGUGGUCAGGGCACCCAGUCCUGGCAGGGGGAAAGGACCACAGGUCCUUUCAGCCUAGGAGGGCCCUGGAGUCUCCUGUUCCUUCACACCAGGUGCAAGGGUGCCGUUCCCUCUGGUGGUGGAAGGGUUAACUACAUACCUGAGCAGCUGCGUCUGGCACAUCAGACCUCAGCUUGGGAAGUGCCAAUGCUGCAGCUGGUGAGGGGCUGUGGGGCGCUGGAGCCCAAAACCUUAGCAGCUGCAUGGCCCAGUAAGACAGCCCCUGGCUCCCCCUUGGCUCCCCCGGCUGCCAGAGUCCCUGCUCCCCACACUGGUUGUUUUCCCCAGGAGCCCAGCAGGCGAACAGGAGGAUCCCGUGGACAGGAAGGAAACACGUCUCCGGGUGGUGGUCAGGGUUCGGCCCCUGACCUGCCCGGAGCGCCGCAGAGGGGACCAGCGUGUGGUGCACUGCCUUGGGGACAACACCGUCUACGUGAGUGCCCCACGCUGGACAGGCCACAGCUGGGCGCUGGCCUGAUCCUGAGCCAGUUCUCUUCUCCCCAUGCCAGGUUCUCCUGCACUGCCUUUGCCUUUGGACAAACGGGCUCUGGAAAGACCUACACGUUAAUGGGACCCUUAGCCCAGGUGAGAGCCCCUCCUCGGGGGCAAACCGACAGCCGCGCUGAGCAGGGCGAGGGCCAGCCAGCGACUCCCUACCUCGGGGGGCUGAUGCAAAGGGCCUUUGUGUGUCUCCUGGAGCAGACGCAGCGCUACAGACCCGGCCUCGUGCUCAGCGCCUCGUACGUGGAGAUACACAAUGAGCAGGUGAGAGACCUGCUGAGCCCAGGGCCACCCAGGCCCCUGCCCGUGCGAUGGAGCAAAACCAGGGGCUUCUACAUCGAGAACCUGCUCACGGUGGAGUUUGGGAGCCUGGAGGCCAUCAUGGACCUGCUGCAGGAAGGCACCCGAAGGCGGCGGAGCGCCGCGCAUGCACUGAAUGGGCACUCGAGCCGCAGCCACGCCCUGCUGACCAUCCGCAUCCGCCGCAAGGCUAUGAGCCCAGAUCCCAGCUCCCCCCAGCAAGGCGUGCUCUGCUUCGUGGACCUGGCCGGCAGCGAGAGGGUGAAGGACACCGGCUCGGCUGGGGAGCGCUUAGUGGAGGCCAGCAACAUCAACCGCAGUCUCCUGGCUCUAGGGCACUGCAUCUCUCUGCUGGUGGACCCCAGACGGAGGCGGAGUCACAUCCCGUACAGGGACAGCAAGCUCACCCGGCUGCUGGCCGAGUCCCUGGGCGGAUCCGGGGUCACGCUCAUGCAGGUCGCCUGCGUCUCGCCCUCCUCGCGCUGCCUGCCGGAGACACUGCGCACGCUGCGCUUCGCCGGCAGGGCCAAGAAGGUCACCACCAAGCCUGUGGCCCACAGGAUUUCCCGGGAGAAGCUGCUGCGAAGUUUGGAGCAAGAAAUCCAGGCCCUGCGGGAGGAAAACCUCUCCCUGCGCCAGCAGCUGCGGCUGCCCAGGAUACUGGGCGGGAGCACAGCCACCCACACAGCCCCCACACAGCUGCCCGAGUGCCAGGAGGAGAGCCAUGCCCCUGGGCAGAGAGGGGCCCCGAGGAGAGCACCCGGCGCGGCCAGGCGCAGCCUCUAUGGCCUCCUGCAGGAGUUUGUGCUGGAGAACGAGCAGCUUAGGCACCUGGAGUCCCCCCCAGCCCUCAGCAGCUGGGGCCAGGCCCGACGCUCCCCCGAAGCUGCCCCCGGCUCCUGCAGCAUCCAGGCCCUGCCCUGCCCCCGCCCUGCCCCCGGCGCAGCCCAGUGUGGCCACCUGCUCCUGGAGCUGCCGCCAUGGGAGGGGCUCACUGCCCAGAGCAGUUCCAGGUUCCAGGGGCCCAGCCAGGGCAGCCCAUGGCAGGAUCCGGCUCAGCCCUGGCCCCAGCAGCACCCUGUGGCUCCCUGGUUUCUCCAGGGGAAAAGGAGCCUGGGCCGAAGGAAGAGCUCUGCUGGCUCGUGUCUGCUCCUGAGAGACACCCAGCAGCAGGGCCCCGAGCCUCCCCCCGGCCUGGAGGGGCAGGUCACGCCGUCAGCCCCUCCCCUGCCAGGCAGCAGCACAGGGCGCCAAGCAGCAGGUGCUGACCCUGAGCUGCGGCUGGAGGAGGUGCUGCACUCACGGCAGGAGCAGCUCCAAUACUACAGCCUGCGGAACCAGAGCUCCGGCUGCACAUGGGACGCCCGGGAUUGACUCUGAGCACGUGCCCCACGCCACGGGACAUUAACCCUCUCAGUGCCGUGGUGGAGCGCCCCAUGUCCUGGUGCAUGGCCAGGAUCCAGGGCCCAGUCCCCUGCAGGCUCUGGGGAGGCAGGUGGGGCCUGGCCAGGGUGUGGCCUGCACAGUCCUGCCCACGAAGGUCCCGCUGCCCCAGACAGAUGCGGUCCAGGGCUGACACAGAGCUCCCUGUUUAUUUGGCUUUAGUGAAAGACCGAGCUGCUGUGGAUAUGGCGGGACGGCAGCAGCCCAUCCCCUUGGGGGCUCAUGGGCAGCCCAGCCAGUACUGAGCGAUGGGGCGUGGGUAGCGAGGGCGCACGAAGUCCACGCGCUUGCUGCGCAGGUUGAGGCGAUAGUACUUGUCUGCGGGAGAGAAGGGCGUGACCGUCAGUCCCCCGGGGAACAGGGCCCAGGGCUCCACUCACCCCACCCUCAACCACAGCUCAGAGCAGCAGGAGCUGAACGGGCCUUGCUGGCCUCCCCUAGCCUCCCACCAAGUGCAGGGACAACCCUGCUCCAGGCCCCGGCCAGAGUCCAGGCCCUGCCAGGGUAGCCUGACUCCCUUGUCCAGGCCCAUCCUGCCCCUCUGUGAGGAUCCCCCUGCCCCAGGUCCCAGCCGGCUCCGGCUCUCCUCCCCGCCAUGAGGCGCCUCUCCACAAGUCAGUCCAAUCGCUCACAGUCAGGCUGAGCAGAACUGCAGGGCCCUGGGAGAGGGUGGCCAUAAUGGGGCUGGUGGGGCCGCAUGGCAAAGCUGAAGCCCAGCCCUGCUCGGGGGGCUAGGUCAGGUCAGCUGUGAGAGCAGCUGGGGUGAGCUGAUGGUGCUGGGACCCACCUGCCAGGAAGAAGUAGACGCUCUGGAUGGGCUGGCACUGGGAGCCCCCGGGCAGCCAGUCAGGGUCCGUGUCCGAGGAGUCGGAAUCAUCCUGCAGCCAGUCCCAGAAGGUGUGAGCUGCCGGCCGCCGGCUCCUGUACCUCUUGCGGUGCCGGCGGGAUUUCCUCUUUCGAGCCCAGCUGCUAGCCCUUGA